AUGGCCUCCGAGUCUGAACUAAAUAUUAAUAAAAACGUCCAUGAUACAAACACAAAGAACUUAUAUGCUUGUUGUCGCACUUGUUUGAGAGAUGUUCAAGGCGAUGAUAAUAUGUAUGAUGUAUUUCAAAGCGGACCACAUCAAUUUGAUAUACCUAGAAUAAUAUUUUUGUGUACUACAAUAGAGAUCAGUCAAAGAGACCCCCUGCCAAAGAAAAUAUGUUACAGUUGCUACAGCUUCCUAUUAAACUAUCAUGAAUUUAGAGAUACCGCUAUAUUUGCGGAACAGCAACUGCAAGAACAUAUAAUCAAAACUGUUCUUAUAAAAUCGGAAGAAAACCAUGUUGGAAUAGAAGUCAAAGGGGAACAUAGUCAACAACAAAGUGAAAAUUUAAAUUUAAGUUUGGAUGAUAAUAAUUUAGAUUCUGAAAUGACAGUGAAAGAGGAACCAAAUCCGUACUCAAAUAUUUCAGCUUUAAGUUCAAAUUUACCAGAUGUUAGACAACCCGAAGAACAACAAUCCAACUACAUGGUGUCGUGUGAUGUUUGUGAAAAAGACUUCACGUCACUUCAGAAAUUACAAAAACAUAAAAAGCGACAUGAUAAAAGAUACUCUUGUAUUGUUUGUUCUGAAUCAUUUAAUUACAAUUUUAAGUAUAUGGAACACAUGCUCACACAUAGGCCUACUGUAGAUAAACCAUCUGAUGUUGAAACAAGUUCGGAUAUGAAUGCUGAAACAAGUUCUGAAAUGAAUGCUGAAACAAGUACUGAAAUAAACCACAACAGUGUACAAACACAGACGCUCAAAUGUGACAUUUGUUCAGAAACAUUCAGAUCCGUUAACUCUCUAUCGGCACAUAAAAGAAAACACACUCCGAAAGACAGAGUGCUCUGUUGUUCAAUAUGUGGCCUUGUUUUCAAAAAGCUGUCUCAUUUAAAACGGCAUGAGCAGAGUCACAGUAACAACAAGCCAUAUAAAUGUACUACGUGUCAGAAGUCUUAUGGAACGGAAUCAGCGUUUUCUGAUCAUAUGAAUAAGCAUAAAGGAAUAAUGCCUCACUGCUGUCCAGUAUGUAUGAAGUCCUUCACUCAUCUCUCAAGUUUAAAAACCCAUAUAAGAGUUCAUACUAAAAGAAGGCCUUAUUUAUGUCCUACUUGCGGGAAGACAUUUGACUCGAGUACUAAUUUGAAUCAGCACCUGAAUAGACAUAAGGGUUUGAAAUCAUUUGCUUGUAACUUGUGUCCUAGGAAGUUUGUCAGUAAAGGCGAGUUAAAAUCCCAUGUGGUAACCCACACUGGUGUGAAGUCAUAUAAGUGUGACGAAUGCAACUCAUCAUUUACUAAGAACAGCUCUUUAACCACACACAAGCUCCGACACUUGGGCAUCAAGCGCUACCAAUGUGAUGCUUGUCCUAUGAAGUUUACAUGCAAAGAUCAUUUGAAGAGACACAAUAGAAUACAUACAGGAGAGAGGCCCUACAAAUGUGACUUAUGCGAUCGUGCGUUUACUCAGAGCAAUGACUUGGUCAAACAUAAGCGUUCACACCUCGGCAAUAAUUUGUACAAAUGCGUAGAAUGCACACAAAGCUUCAGACUUCUAUCAGAACUUCGACAACACACGUCAGAGCACUUCCUAUCUGCACGACUUGAAGCACUGAAGUUUACUAACACAGACAAUAACAGUCAGCCAGUUGGCAAUAGUCAGCCAGUCGUCGUGAGUCAGGCAAUCGUCAUAAGUCAGCCAGUCGACGUAAGUCAGCCAGUUGACAUAAGUCAGCCAGUUGAAAUAAGUCAGCCAGUUGGCAAUAACGAUUCCAUAACCGUACUACCUCAAAAACAAGGUCAUGAUAUUGGUGACAAGAGUGAACUAUGA